AUGUUAGGAGGUCUUUAUGGAUUAAAUUUUAAAUAGCAUACAUAUCUUUUUUUAUGCUUAAUAUUACCUGCAAACAUUACAGGAAUUGGAUUAUUUUAUUUAGAUGAAGCAUUAACAACUUUAUGUGUUUUGUAAUUAUUUUAUGUGAUGAUACCUGGAAUUUAUAUCAAAUAUCUAAGUAAAGAGGGUGAAUUAAGAGGUAUUAAUAAUAUCAAAUAGUUUAUUUCAUAAAUGAAUUGGAAGGAAGAUAAGAAUAGAUUAAGAGAGGGUUUUCGUUAUUUAGAAGUGCAUUUGGGAUGGUUUUAUUAUCGUUAAUUUUCACCUAUUAUUGGGAAGAGGAGAUCAUGGAUUAUUUGAAGAUUCCUCUUUUGGAACAUCCUAUUUAUAUUGGAGCAUUUAUGUUUGUAUUGAUUAUAUGCAACCCAUUUUUAGAGGAAUGGUAUUGGUAAUGAAUUAAUAUUAAAAUAAAGGCGAUUGUUUUUGAUGAAAACUUAUAAGGAAAGUGAAAAGUAUAGAUUGUUAAUAAAUCUAUUUUAUGCUUUGUUCCAUUUUAUUAUCUUAUUUAAGAUAUUUAAAUCAGAUUUAGAAUUUGCUAUAGGGUUUUCAACAUAUUUUCUAUCAAUUGGUGGAUCGUUUGAACAUAUAAGAGAAAAGUAUGGAUUCAUUACUUGUCUGAUGGCUCAUUAUGGGAUGACUUUGGCUGCUUCACUUGCUUUAUUAGUUGUAUAUAAAUCAUAAUUGUAAUGA